AUGGUGCCUCAGCACGACGAUGUGCCUGCCGGCUCCCAGGGUCCGGGAGGUGCAGGCCAGGGUUGUGGGCCAGCCGCCGAACGCCCGGCCGGCUCUGGUGUGGCGGCGGAGUAUCACGACGCCGACUUUGACUGGUCCGAGGCAGCAGCAGAGGCAGCCGCCCUGGUGGCAUCUGGUGGCGGGGUUUGCGCGGCAGGGUGCGCGCCUGGUGCCCAGGGCGGCGCCUGCCACGCGAGCGACGCCGGCGAGGAAGGGGCAGCCACCGCGACAGGCCAGCAGCCCGGGAGCGAGCCCUGGGAGCGCUUCCACGCCCAGCACGCCAGCGCCCGAUUCUUCAAGCCGCGCCGCUACCUCCUGCACACCUUCCCCGCGCUGCGUGCUGAGGGGCUGCGCCUGCUGGAGCUGGGGGUGCUGGGGUGCGACAUCAGCGCCUCGGCCCUGGCCCUGGCCCGCAGCGGCGCACAGGCCGCGGGCGUCGACGCCUCGAGGCUGGCCACCCUGGCGGUGGACCUGGAGGGCACGGGCCCGCUGGCGGGCGUCCCGCCCCGCCACGACACCGUGCUGCUCGUCUUCACGCUCAGCGCGCUGACGCAACGCGGCGAGGCCAACGCCCUGCGCGCCGCGCGCGCCGCGCUGGCGCCCGGGGGGCGCUGCCUGGUCAGGGACUACGGCCUGUACGACAUGGUCCACCUCCGCUUCCUCGCCGGCGGCGCCGUGCGCGGCCCACCCAUGCCUGUUGCCGGCACCACACACGGUUCACCCCCGCCCGACCCACCCCCCACCCGCGCCUUCCGCCGCGGCGACGGCACCCUGGCCCGCUUCCUGGCCCUGCAGGAGCUCGUGGCCGCCGCCGCGGCGGCGGGACUGGAGUGCGAGGAAGCCAAGUACGCCUGCGUGGCCGUCCGGCGCCGCGGCGCCCCGGACCUACGCCGCGUUUUCCUCCACGCCGUCCUGCGCCGCGCCGGGGAGGGUUGA